AUGGCCGUCGCAGCUGCUCAGAAGAACCGCGAAAUGUUCGCCAUCAAGAAGUCAUACAGCAUCGAGAACGGUUACCCGUCUCGUCGCCGCUCGCUCGUAGACGAUGCCAGGUUCGAGACACUGGUUGUCAAACAGACCAAACAAAGCGUACUGGAAGAAGCACGCGCCCGCGCCAAUGACUCUGGCUUGGAUUCCGAUUUUAUCCAAGACGGGAUUCUUAUUGGCAAUGGUGAUAACUCGCCGACUGUCGAAGAUGGCACCCAACAAGACGAGACUAAGAAUGGUCACCUCGCUGAUGCUGAUAUCGGUGAUGAUGCUGGUAAAACGGACGAGGAUUAUACUCUGACCGAGGAAGAAAUAAUUCUGCAAAAUGCAGCAAGUGAAUCUCCCGAGGCAGAGCAGGCUAUCCAACAAGCCGCGUUACUGCUACGCAUGCGAGAUGGAAUGGGCUCACUGGCUCGCAUCCUCAAGACCAUCGAUAACUACAAGGGAUGCGUGCAGCAUCUCGAAACUCGUCCUUCCCAGCUGACCGGCGUCCAGUUCGAUGCCCUCGUCAAAGUUAGCAUGUCUCGCAUCAACUUAUUGCAACUUAUCAGAUCUCUUCGACAGUCAACCUCUUUCGCUGGAGUUAACCUCGUAUCUGAGAACAACAUCUCAAGCAAAACCCCAUGGUUCCCGCGCCAUGCUUCGGAUCUCGAUAAUUGCAAUCACCUUAUGACCAAAUUUGAACCUGAAUUGGAUAUGAACCAUCCUGGUUUCGCGGACAAGGACUACAGGGAGCGAAGGAAGCAAAUAGCCGAAAUUGCUUUCGCCUACAAAUACGGAGACCCGAUCCCAUCUAUUACCUACAAGGAUUCUGAGAACGCUACUUGGCAGCGAGUAUUCAACACUGUGUUGGAUCUUAUGCCUAAGCACGCCUGCAGAGAGUACAAGAUCGCAUUUGGAAAACUGCAGGAGGCAAACAUCUUCGUGCCGCAACACAUUCCUCAGCUCGAGGAUGUGAGCAACUUCCUCCGCAAGCACACCGGGUUCACGCUGCGCCCUGCUGCUGGUCUCCUCACUGCUCGCGACUUCCUUGCUUCCCUUGCAUUCCGUGUCUUCCAGUCGACCCAGUACGUUCGCCACGCCAACUCGCCGUUCCACACCCCAGAACCUGAUUGUAUUCACGAGCUCCUCGGACACAUACCUCUAUUGGCUGACCCCAGCUUCGCCCAGUUCUCACAAGAGAUUGGUCUCGCAUCUCUUGGCGCUUCGGACGCUGAAAUUGAAAAGCUCUCUACUGUGUACUGGUUCACCGUUGAAUUCGGACUGUGCAAGGAGAACCAACAGCUGAAGGCGUACGGUGCCGCUCUCUUGUCCUCAAUUGGCGAAUUACUGCAUGCUCUCAGUGACAAGCCGGAAUUGAGGCCUUUCGAGCCAGCAUCCACCUCUGUACAGCCCUACCAGGACCAGGAAUAUCAACCGAUCUACUAUGUAGCCGAAAGUUUUGAAGAUGCCAAAGAUAAAUUCAGACGCUGGGUGUCCACCAUGUCGCGUCCUUUCGAAGUGCGCUUCAACCCGCACACGGAGCGCGUGGAAGUGCUCGACUCCGUGGACAAGCUGGAGACACUCAUCUGGCAGCUGAACACCGAAAUGUUGCACCUUACCAACGCCGUCAAGAAGCUCAAGGACUCUCAUUUCGAGUAA